UUGAACCCAGUUAUCAUUCAAAAUGGCUUUAGAAAAUCUGGUAUAUAUCCGUUGAAUCGUGAUACAAUUCCAAAAGAAAAGUUUGACAAGCUUUCAUGGUCAAAAUGGGAAGAACAUAUUCGCCAACAAAAUGAACAGUCUCAUAGCGUUGCCAAUAAUAAUGCUGAAGAAGGAAGGAAGGUAGAAAAUGGCACUCAGGAAGAUAAAAGUCAGGACAGAAAUGAAGUUCCAACACUCACGAGUAUGUGCACGAGCAUGUGGCUUGAGAUCCUUAAUCGUGGGAAGAAAGAAAUAGAUCUACCCAAACGCGUGAAAGACCCUAAAACGUUUUUAAUUUCACUUUCUAAAAAUACCAAUUCCAAUAUUACCAACAGUGGCUCUGGUAACGUCAAAAUAUUGAGCAAUAUCGAACUCACUUCAACUAGCUAUCAAAAACAGAAAGAUGAACAUGUUUCAUUUGAAGAACUUCUUUUGGAGACCAUUUCACGUAGUGACAUACCUAAAACUUCAAGAAAACGCGUUAGUCAAGAAGCAGAGAUAUUAACUUACAAAGAAGCUAUUGAUCGUAUGAAAAAAAAGAAAGAUGAAAAAGAAAAGGCGGAAGAAAUUAAAAGACUCAAUAAACUUAAAAGAGUAAACAACAAAAAGAAAAACGAGAAAAAGAAACAGAAAAAGUUGAUUGACAAAAAAAGCAAAUCUAAAAAAAGAAAGAAUUUGGAAUCGGACAGUGAAAGCGAUUGUUCAUACACACCGAUGGAUGAUUCUGAUGAUGAAGAUUUAGCUGCCUUUGCUCAAAGAUUGUUGUGUGAUGAGAGCUUUGACGAAGAUUUGCAAGAGCCAUUACUAUCAACUACUAACGAAAAUUUAGAGAAGAAACCUAAACUAAAAAGCGAAAGAGUAAAUAAAAGACGAAAACAAAUAUCCGGAGAAAAGGAUGUCAAUAUAAACAAGGAAGUGAAUUUUACCAAAAAACUAUCUACUUUGGAAGAUGCUUGUGAAGAAGAAUUGCAAGAACCGCUACAAUCUACAUCGAAAGAAGAAGAGAAAGAUACACGUAAAAUGAAAAAAGAAAGAGUGAACAAAAGAACUAAUAACAAUAGGAUGGUGGAAUCAUUAAGAGGGAAGGAAAAGGAAGUGAAUUUUACCAAAAAACGAUCUACUUUGAACGACGCUUGUGAAGUAGAGUUGCAAGAACCGCUACAAUCUACAUCGAAAGAAGAAGAGAAAGAUACACGUAAAAUGAAAAAAGAAAGAGUGAACAAAAGAACUAAUAACAAUAGGAUGGUGGAAUCAUUAAGAGGGAAGGAAAAAGAAGUGAAUUUUACCAAAAAACGAUCUACUUUGAACGACGCUUGUGAAGUAGAGUUGCAAGAACCGCUACAAUCUACAUCGAAAGAAGAAAAAGAUAUGCUUAAAAUGAAAGAAGAAAGAGUAACGAAAAGAUCUAUUAACAACAGGAUGGUGGAAUCACUAAGAGGGAAGGAAAACGAUAUGCCGAAUUCCUCCGAAGUAAAUAACGAUCUCAACGAGGGAGACUUUAUUCUUGCUGCAUUUCAGUCGAUCAAAGGCAAAAGAACCUACAAAUACGUUUGCCUUAUUGAUCAAAUCAACCAAGAAAAAAUUGUAGUAAAAGGACUCAAAUCUUAUAAAAAUAACAGAGAAUUUAGGUUAGUUGAAGAUGAUAUUUCAAUUAUAGAAAAAAAAGAUGUGAUCUCACGUUUACCAAAACCUGUGUUAAAUGAACAAAGAGACACUGUGAUAUUUCCUUAUAAGGUAGAGAUAUUUGAAUGUAAGUAAACAAGUUACCCUUUCUGAGAGAAUGGACAUUUGGGAAAUGUAAACAAUUAUUCAUAUAGUAUUAAGUACAAAAACGUUAUUUAAUUUAAGUGUUAAAACUAAUUUCAUGUUACUAAUAGAAGCUUAUAAACGUAAUAAAUUACGUUACGUUACGAUUUUUCAUAUUAAUUAGUAUGGUAUUCAGUACAAAAACUUUAUUUAAUUUAAGUAUAUACCAAAAGACUUAUUUCUUGUUAGUUACUAGUAAAUAGUUUCAAAAUAUAACUAAAAAAGACUGUAUAAAUAAACAUAAAAUAUUUUAUUAUUAUGAUUAAUAAAAAUAAGCUAGACAAAAUAGUUUAAGUAUGCAUAAAAAACUUUUUUCUUGGCAUUAAUUAAAGCUAGGAAACGUAACUUUGCAACCUUACUAAUUAGUAAAUAGUUUGAUAAAAGUUAAAAAAGGCUGUUUGAUUAAGUUACUUAUUUAGAUUAAUAAAGAUAAAGCUAGAUAAAAUAGUUUAAGUAUGCAUAAAAUACUUAUUUCUUGUCAUUAGUUGAAGCUAGGAAACGUAACUACGUAACAUUACUAAUUAUUUAGUAGUCUGAUAAAAGUAAAAAGGCUGUUUGAUUAAGCAUAAGUAAACUAUUUUAUGAUGAUUAAUAAAAAUAUAGCUAUUAUUUUUUAGUCUGUUUAACAA